AUGGCACUAAAUUUAAAGUUGUAUAACAAACCAAGCUGCAUCAGACGUUUGUUUGCUUUUCUUCCAGUCACGUAUACGGGAGUUAUCAAGGUUGAUACUUCCAAAGUUAAAUCUGGUAAGAAAAUAGAUACAUUGAAUGAAUCUAAAACUUCUAAAAAAAAGCGUGCAAAUGAUACAAAUGAUGAACCUGCACCAAAGAAGGCAAAAAUCGAAUCAAAGGAAUCAAAAAAAGUUAAUGAAAAUGAUUCAUCUACUAUGAAAAAAACAAAGAAUGAACCCAAGCAAAUGCAGAAUAAGACAGAUACAAACCUGGAUGAGAUAGAUUUUGGGUGUACAAAGCCAAAUGAGGAAGGCAAUGAUUAUAAUUUGAAGAUUUGUACUUGGAAUGUUUCUGGAAUCAGGGCUGUCAUUAAAAAAAAUGGAAUGGAUUAUAUUAUCAAAGAAGAUGCAGAUAUAGUUGCUCUGCAAGAAACAAAAUGUGACAAAGAUAAAUUGCCAGAUGAAGUCAAGUUGCCAGGAUACCAUCAUUAUUUUCUGGACAGUAAAAAACCAGGUUAUUGUGGGCUUGCUUUGUUCUGUAAAGAAAAGCCGAUUUCUGUGAAAUAUGGCUUAAACAAUUCUGAAUUUGAUAGCGAAGGUAGAAUGAUCACAGCAGAAUUCCCAGAAUUUUUUAUGGUCAAUAUUUAUGUGCCAAAUGCUGGGCAAAAGUUGGUAACAUUACCAAAAAGAUUGGAAUGGAAUAAGACAUUUAAGAAAUAUAUUAAGGAAUUAGAUCAAAAAAAGCCUGUUAUUAUAUGCGGUGAUAUGAAUGUGGCUCAUCAAGAAAUAGAUUUAAAGAAUCCCAAAACAAAUGCUAAAAAUGCUGGUUUUACCAAGGAAGAACGAGAUGAUAUGACCGAUUUUUUAGCUGCCGGCUUUAUAGAUACUUUUAGGUUAUUAUAUCCUGAUAAAGAAGGUGCAUAUACAUUUUGGUCAUAUUUCGCCAACUCACGUAAUAAGGAUAUCGGGUGGCGAUUGGAUUAUUUCCUAGUAUCAGAACGGAUCAAGAAUAAAGUGUGCGACAAUAUUAUAAGGAAACAGGUUUAUGGCAGUGAUCAUUGUCCUGCAAUACUUUAUAUUAAUUUAUAAUAAACAUUGUGUGUUUUUGUGUAGAAAUAUCAACUAAUAUCGAUAAUGGAAUUUGUCUGUUUUCUCUUAUGCGUAAUUGCAAAUAAUCAGUAUAUAAAUGAUUAAUUGCUUUACUUUAUAUCAAUUGUAUGUAUCUUAUUUAAACUUUGAUGUGCAUUGUAUGAGACAUAUUUUUGAACUCGUUUGCUCUGUAGUAUAAUUUAUAUCUAGAUAAGGCAAAUGUAAUAAAUGCAUUUUAUAUUUUGAAGCAUAAGAAAUAAAGUUUUAUCAGAAUUCUAAUUGAUGCA